AUGGCUGUGGAUGCCCAUAACAACGAGCUGAAUAGAAGCAAAGCUCAAGAAGAGGCUGAGGCUAGGCGUAAGGUUGAGGAGGAGGCUGAGGCUGAACGUAGGACUGAGGAAGAGGCCGAAGCGAAGCGUAAGGCUGAAGAGGAGUCCGAGGCCAAACGUCGGGCUGAGGAGGAGGCCGAGGCUAAACGUAGGGCUGAGGAGGAGGCUGAGGCUGAACGUAGGACUGAGGAAGAGUCCGAAGCUAAACGCAGGGCUGAGGAGGAGGCUGAGGCUAGGCGUAGGGCUGAGGAGGAGGCCGAGGCUAAACGAAGGGCUGAAGAAGCUGAGGCUGUCCGAAAAGCCGAAGAGCUUGCUUCCAGGGUUCUUGAGUGUAGAAGAGCGAAGGAAUCUUCCAGUGCUGCGUUGAAUAGUUUUACCGAUCUCCUGAUAUCCCAAAGCCUUGAGAUGGCUGUGGAUGCUUACAACGACGAGCUGAAUAGAAGGAAAGCUGAAGAGGUUGAAGCAGUUCAAAAGGGAUGUGGGAAUGAUGAAGCUAAAGGUCGGGCAGGUGGUGUUUCUGUGGAGGCUGUGGUGAAGGAGGUUGCGUCAGGGUGCCUGACUGAUUCUUAUGCAUUAGCGGCGGAGUACAGGAGGAAUGAGGGUUAUGGGGGUGUAAGCUUGGAAGAGUGUGAUAAGGAAGGUCUCGUUGUGACGGAGGGGGUGAUGUGUGAAGCUCUGGAUCAGCAGACUGGUGGUGCAGAAUCUCCUGUGUCUCAGGUCUUGGAGGGGUCCUUAUUAAGCAGUCGUUUUGCCGGUGUUACUGAGAGCGGAGGUGUUAAGAAUGAACCGUCAGUCAGUGUCGCGGCAGCUGAAUGCUGUGAGUCAUUAGAGAUGACUGGAGGUAAGAGUGUUGCGACUGCGGCACUGACACAGAGUCAGAGUACACAUAUGAGCAUAUUCAUUCUGGGUGAUGCGCUGGUAGAUGAGUUUGUGCGUGCUGCAGCUACGGAAGUAGCGUUGCGAGAGGCUGCAGUGCCUGUCUCAGGCGGUGGCGUUGGUGCACUGAGCGCUGCUCCAAGUGUGGCUAAUGGCGCUCUGUCAGCUGCCAAUGUUUCUGCAACUUGGCCUUCCACGCAACCGGGGGUCGGAACAGUUUCCCCUCCUCAGCCGGCUGUAUCCACGGACACACCGCUAUGUGUGGCUCCUGUAGCCAGCAAGGGGUCCGGCAGCAGCGGCGCCGUGACGGAUUCCGUGACGACGUACGCAGUCGAGCGUGCUGGAGUCGCGGUUGCGGCGCUGGGCGAGACAAGUGCACUCUCAUACGCGACGGUGGAGGCGGCAUUGCGGCGCGGCAUUUUAGAGGCCGCCGCAAAUGCUGCACUGCCAGGCGAACUCACAGAGGAGCAAGUUGCGGGGCUGCGCGCGCUCGCUGAGCGCAUUGCCUCCGACUACAUUGACUUUGCGUCAAAGCGGAAGUUGAACACUUUGGAUGAGUGCCUAUGGCACACAGAUGCGUUCUUAUCACCGGAUCAAGUUGCUUCACACGCCAUCGACGUUGUGUCGCCUUGCCGUUCCUUUGAGGGCCUGCAGCGCAGUGACGUGAGUUUCUUGACGCACUACUACGUGGAGUUGGCGCGUAAAGGCGGCACUGUUAUGGAUGAUGUGCACACGGAGGCACGACUGCGUGAGAACCUGUUUGAGCGGUGGAGCAAUGAUAUCGUUACCGCCACCUCACUGCAGACCAGGAAGAGAAACAGCAACAGCAACAAGGGAAAUGACAGUGGCAGCGUUCUCUCAAUUGACCGCCGCCGUGCGGGGAUGACGCAGUUGGUGCUCGGUCAUGCGUUGGACAAUUUGCUGGAAGACGUGGUCGCGGACACCGCCAAGUGGAUCGCGUCCCUCGCAACCGUGUAG